ACCCUUCCGCUCUAAACCCCCAAAGGACACCUCCCCGUCGGACUCGGAAAACCCCAAACCCUAGCCCGAUGGCCCGCCGAGCCCUCCCCAUCCUCAAGCAGCUCUCCCACCGCCCCACUCUCGGAUCCUUCCACCCCAAACCCGACCCGAACACCCGAUCCGUCACCUACAUGCCCCGCCCCGGCGAUGGAACCCCCCGCUGCGUGACUCUCAUCCCCGGCGACGGGAUCGGCCCUCUCGUCACCAACGCCGUCGAGCAGGUCAUGGAGGCGAUGCACGCGCCGGUGUUCUUCGAGCGGUAUGACGUCCACGGCGACAUGAGCCGCAUCCCGCCGGAGGUGAUGGACUCGAUCCGGAAGAACAAGGUCUGCAUAAAAGGCGGGCUGAAGACGCCGGUCGGCGGCGGCGUGAGCUCGCUUAAUAUGCAGCUGAGGAAGGAGCUUGAUUUGUACGCGUCGCUGGUCAAUUGCUUCAACCUUCCUGGACUCCCCACGCGCCACGAGAACGUGGACAUUGUUGUCAUCAGAGAGAACACCGAGGGCGAGUACGCCGGUCUCGAGCACGAGGUCGUUCCCGGCGUCGUGGAGAGCCUCAAGGUGAUCACAAAGUUCUGCUCGGAACGUAUAGCAAAGUAUGCGUUUGAGUAUGCAUACUUGAACAACAGGAAGAAGGUGACUGCCGUUCACAAAGCCAACAUCAUGAAGCUUGCGGAUGGUUUGUUCUUGGAGUCUUGCCGGGAGGUUGCCACAAAGUAUCCGAGUAUCAAGUACAAUGAGAUUAUAGUGGACAAUUGCUGUAUGCAACUUGUUUCAAAGCCUGAGCAGUUUGACGUGAUGGUUACUCCUAAUCUUUAUGGAAAUCUAGUAGCAAAUACAGCAGCUGGUAUUGCUGGAGGCACUGGUGUCAUGCCAGGAGGAAAUGUGGGUGCUGAUCAUGCUGUUUUUGAGCAAGGUGCUUCAGCAGGAAACGUGGGAAAUGAAAAGUUAUGGGAGCAAAAGUCAGCCAAUCCAGUUGCAUUGCUCCUGUCAUCAGCCAUGAUGUUGAGGCAUCUCCAGUUUCCCUCAUUUGCUGACCGUCUAGAAACAGCUGUGAAACGUGUAAUUUCAGAAGGCAAGUACCGUACCAAAGAUCUUGGAGGAGUAAGCACUACCCAAGAGGUGGUUGACGCUGUUAUUUCUAAUCUGGACUGAUUGACUGCUAACUUGUCCAUUGUGUUUAUCUCAGCUAUAUACUUGAUGCAAUUGUUUACCCAGUGUCACACAUGGUUUCGUUUAUAAUGGUUCUUUUACAUCACUAGUAGGUUAUCCUACAUCUGUCAAAAUGCAAUGUUAUUAUUUUUCCCUUUUUGGGAAUGAUUGGAACACAGCCUUAUAGUCAUGCAGUAAUAAAGAUUCAAGUCAUUCAACCUUGAUUUGCU